AUGGCGCUGGUCUCCACAUCCACGGUCUCCAAGGAGGUUCCGGUCUCUGUCUGUGGUCGUUUGUGCCACAUGAACAAGCUGGACUCCCUGGGAAGCCUGCAGCGGGAACUGCAACAAUGUCUUGGCAUAGAGCAGGACUUUGAUGUUUGCGACAACAAUGGCAGAAGGAUUUGCACGGACCAGCAACUCGAAGAUGCAAUUUCAGGCCAGCGUCUGCCUUUACAAGCUAGCCUCUCUGAUGCUUCAGUCCAUCUCAUCGAAAAUCGACGUGAAGAGCUGGCACAAAUGCAAUGGAAGGUCAUGAGGGACAAGAUGCAAUCCUUCAGCUUAGAUGUGGCACAGCUUACGAAGCAAAUCUCGGAUCUGCAGCAACAGUUAGAGGUCCAAGGAAAAGAGCAUGACCGGAAGUUGGAGGCUUUACGUGGAGCAAUUGGCAACCAGUUGCUUGAAGACCGUUCGAACAUGGAGGCCACUGUGAUCUCCUUGUCGGAGCGGGUGCAGUCCUUCACUACUCUGGUGAAUGGUGAGCAGAACAAGCGCGAGCACGCUAGCAAAGCUCUCGAGAAUCAACUUCAGGACCUGCGCCGAGUGUUGGACCAAGAGCGCCACGAGCGGAUCCAGGAGGCUAAACUGCAGGACGACACCUUGAAGCAAUGCAGGGUAAUGUGUGAAGCACAGAAGCAUGCACUUGAGUCGACUGAGCAGCAGCGUCUUUCAGAUCUUCAAUCUCUGAAGGUGGAACUCGGUCGCGAGACGAGGGACUGGUCGAAUACGGCAUCGCAGAAGCUAGAUUCCUUCAAAGCAUCCCUGGAGGAAGUAAGCACGCAGCUUCGUCUUCAAAGUGAAACGAGCAAGCAAGCAAUGGAGAGAAGUCAAGAAGCUUAUGAUUUUGCGAGGAAAAUCAAUGACAUCGAGGUCAAAUGCCAGCAACUGGAUGUGCGCUUGAGCCAGACUUCCACGAAAUUCUCUGAGCGCCAGCAGUCGAUCACUGAACGCCAAGACCAGGUGUGGGAGUUGUUCGAAGGCGUUCGAGCCGAUAAGCAAAGCCUCGAGGUGAAAUCCGAUGGCAUUUCCCAACAGGUUCAGGACUUAUCGCACUCGAUUUCGAAGUUUGAGGAAGGUUCAGCCAAGUUGAUCGCCAAGGAAGUGCAAGCACUGAGAGAUGAGUUGGUAGCCAGCCAAAACAAUCUUAGUGCAGAUCACACCAAGCAGAUCUCCGACCUGGAAUCCCGCUGUUCCGAACGAUUCGAACGUGAGAGCCGGCUGCGGGAGAGGAUGCUUUUUGACAAGAUCUCCAACAAUGACAGAAAUCUCAGCGCGAGCCCCUUAAGUCUUGCCAUGGAACCCACCGCGAGCCCGGCCACGCCGGCCACGCCGGCGAGUCCGUCGCCGCCGCAGUCCGUGCAGUCUUCACCACGAGGUGCAAUGCCUGCGAUGCCUGCGCGCUGUCUCGUUCUCCCUCCGAGUGGCACGCCGUCGGUGCCGGAUGUGCUUCCAGCGGUUCAAACGGCUCCCCCUGUGCUUUGGAGCUCAUUUGGGAAGUUGUGCCGAAGCCCUUCGACCAGUCACACGAGCGUUACCAUGGCGGCGCCGCCCGUGGUGAUUUCUAGCCCACAAGGAUUUCCGGCCACAGUGGCAAGAAGUGGACAAUAUCCUCCACUACAAGCAAUGCCUUGCCCUGGAUCGCCCAGAGACGUUAGGCAGGGCUGA